UUCAAUCAAAUGGGCGACCCACCAAGAUAAAGAUGAUACAUCUAGAUCCAGUCCUAAUCAUAAUCUUGUCAAUAAUUAUAAAAAAAAAUUAUGCACUAAUGAACAAUAAUCAGUUUUUGUACGCAUCAAUAGGUGCUGCCACAAUUAAAAUCUGUUGUCUGACGUUACAAUGCUUCCUAUUAUAACCCAAAAAAAACCUUUUAUUUUUCUCUGCACAGCUUGCUCUAUUUACAGCCAGAAAAAAAGCAGAAGAGGAGGAAGAAGAAGAAGAAGAUAGAAUCCGUUCUGCUUCUUCGUCUUUCAUAUUGGAGAUGGGUUCUCAGGUCUCUAAGCAGGUAGAACGGCGAAAGGCGAUUUCGACGGAGAAGAAAACUCUAUGUGAUCUUCACCAAAACUGUGGUGAGGAGUUUCCAGGCUGUGACUACAAGCCUUCAGAUAGGAAAAACUGGAUGGCUGGCAUCAACCCUGAGAAAGUUCAUAUAAACAAGAUCGUAUGGCCAGGAACUCAUGACUCUGCAACCAACAAGAUUGGAUUUCCAGCCAUCACUAGGCCUUUUGCUCAAUGCCAAUCUUUGUCCAUCUACCAGCAGCUUGUGAAGGGCACCAGAGUUCUAGAUAUUCGAAUUCAGGAGGAUCGCCGCGUCUGCCAUGGGAUCCUUCUCACUUACAGCAUAGAUGUUGUGAUCAAUGAUGUCAAGAAGUUUCUAUCCGAAACACAGUCUGAGAUCAUAAUCCUUGAAAUCAGGACUGAGUUUGGACAUGAAGACCCUCCGGACUUUGACAAGUACUUGGUGGAUCAACUUGGCGAGUUUUUGAUCCAUCAGGAUGAGCAUGUCUUUAACAAGACAAUUGCGGAAUUGCUGCCAAGGAGAGUGAUAUGUGUGUGGAAGCCGAGGAAGUCACCUCAGGCCAAGGCAGGGAGCCCUCUGUGGAAUGCAGGGCACUUGAAGGAUAACUGGAUCGACACGGAUUUGCCAUCGACGAAGUUCGAAAGCAAUCUGAAGUAUUUGAGUGAGCAGCCACCAGUUUCAACAAGGAAAUUCUUUUACAGGGUGGAGAACACAGUGACACCUCAGGCUGAUAACCCGGUUUUAUGUGUGAAACCUGUGACCCGUCGGAUUCAUGGAUUCGCAAGGUUGUUCAUAACUCAGUGCUUCUCUAAAGGUGUUGCAGACAGACUGCAAAUCUUCUCCACGGAUUUUAUAGACGAAGAUUUCGUCGAUGCAUGUGUUGCAGCUACAUAUGCAAGAGUUGAAGGGAAAGCCUGAAGAAGCUGAACUUGUUCCUUGUGUUGUGUGCAGUGUGUAGUUUUUUGUUCUCUUGUUGAUAAAAUCUUCCUUCCCACUGUGUAAUUUGAUUGAAUCCAUUUUUUCUUGUUAUUGUUUCUGCAUCCAUGGAAUUUGUACUGUUAUUGCA